AUGUCUCCCCAAGCCCCCGCGCCCUUCCAAUUUCUGCCCCUUGGUGCCAUCAUCCAAACCUUCCUGGUGGGAAAGACGAACAUUGUCCAAGGCUUCCCCAAGCAAUCCCACUAUGAAUCCCACAAUGCCCCGUUCUUCGGAGAGACAAUUGGACGUAUUGCCAACCGAGUUAAGAACGCAAAAAUCGAUUCACUGAACGGGAAAUCUUAUGCCCUCGCGGCCAACAACGGCGUCAACGCCCUGCAUGGCGGGGUAAAGGGGUGGGGGAAGAGGGUCUGGGAGGGCCCUAAGCCUGUGGGUGUCAGGAGCAUUGAGGGAUUGGAGGGUGGGAAGCUCGAGGGUGGAGAGAGCGUGGUCUUCACCUUGCGAAGUGAGGAUGGCGAUGAGGGCUAUCCUGGCACUGUUGAGGCCAGCGUUGUUUAUACGGCCGGCACACAGAAAACCGAGAGUGGCAAGGAAGUUAAUGUCCUGGGUAUCGAAUAUGUGGUUGAGCUCGUAGGGGGCGAUGUGGAAGAAACGGCAAUCAACGUCACCAACCACUCGUAUUUCAACUUGUCAGGCAAACCUACCAUUGAGGGGACUGAGGUCUCGCUGUGCUCCAACUCUUAUUUACCUGUCGAUGAAGGCGGCAUCCCCACUGGCGGUCCGGUACCAUAUGCAGGUGUCGAGGCGCACAAGAAGUUCACACUCGGGCGCGAAGAACCCGAUAUCGACGACUGUUUCGUCGUAGACCCUUCGACUGCAUCUUCAGUGCCAAUCGACACGCGCGCGUCGCCACUACACGGGCUGGUCACGGCAUACCACCCGGAGACCAAGAUCCAUCUCGAAGUGCUCAGCACGGAGCCAGCGUUCCAGUUCUACACGGGGAAAUACAUCGACGUGCCCGAAGUUGAGGGCGUCCCAGCUCGAGGGAAACGAUCGGGAUUCUGCGUUGAGCCCAGCCGGUAUGUGAACGCAGUCAACGUGGCGGCGUGGAAGGGCCAGGUGGUGUUGAAAAAGGGGGAGAAGUAUGGAAGCCGAAUUGUGUAUCGGGGAUGGAGCGAUGAGUAG